UCUAUGAAACAGAAUUAUCAAGUGAUUUUUCUAUCUAGCUAUUAUAUAUAUUAAUAACAAUCGCAUGCACGAUUAUAAGUAUUGAACGUUCUAUUUUAUCAACUUUUUCUUUGAUACUGUCCGAAGAUCUACGUAUUAAAUAUUAAAAGUUAAAUAAUAAAGAAUAAAAAUGUUACGACAUCUUUUCCAAUCAAUUACUCGAAACGCAAGAAGUAGUAUGCGAUCUUAUCAUGGUAAUCAAGUUCCUGAUAAUGUUAAACCACCAUCUAUGGAUGAAGUACUUGUACCAUGUGGCUCAUGGAAAGAAGCAAAUGCUAAAACUCGAACUAAAUAUAAUAUACAAUUUGUAGCUGGUGUUGUUAUACUUGUUGCAACUAUAGCAUAUGGUAGAAUAAGUGGAGUACUUUGGCUUAACUUUCUUCCACCAACUCCAAAAAAUAAAGAUUCUGAAUAAAAUGAAUUCAAAUAUAGUAUUAUAGUACAUAUAGCAAAUAUAAUUAUUGUAUAAUUAUUUUAUUGUAAAAAAUAAUAAAAUAUUUCUAUUUAUAGUAUA